AUGUACAAAGAUCAAACACUACAUCAGCAAGAUAAUAAUUGUGAUGAUCAUGAUGAUCAUUCGGAUGAGAAAGAUCAAGAACUACUUGGUGAGGUUUUCAUUCCAGAAAUUUGUCUACUUGUGAUGGAAAUGAUCGGAGGCAAAGAAGCACUCAAGAUGAGACAAAUUUCUAAAGCCUGGCUCGAAGCAAGUGAACACUUUCAUGCGAUCAAAUUGGAAUUUACAUAUGAUAUUUCCAAUUUCUUUAAAAUUACUGAACAUGUCUUGAUGGAGCAUGUUUCCGAGUUGGUUAUGCUGGAUAACAAAUUUACUGUGGACAGGUUUAAAAGAUUUGUUAAAAAUCCUCGUUUGAAACAUCUGCAAGUAUUAUAUUUGGAAUGUGAGGAGUCGAUGGGUAGUUUGUUUGAUGAUGAUGAUUCAUACGAAGAUCAGGAAUUCAAGCUUGGGGAUAAUGUUGCACUUUUUGCUAAUUGUGAAAAUUUCUCCAAUUUGGAAAAGUUGACAAUCAUCAAUCAUAAUUUAGGAAAUACUGGACUUUCAGAUAUAUUCAACAGCCCAGUUUUAAAGAAACUCAAAGCACUUCAUUUGGAUAGAAAUUGUUUUAGCAAUUUUGGAACAUCUAGCAUGGGAACUGACACAUUAAAACAGUUGGAAGAAUUAACUUGUGGUUGGAAUGACUAUUCCUACGAUAUUCAACUUGUGUGCAAGAAUCAACUCUUUUCCAAUUUGAAAAAACUCACUGUUGAGUUUUCCUUACCAGAGGAAGACUUGUUUAGUAUUAUGGCCAAUCCAGUAUGGUCAAAUCUGAAAGAAUUGUAUUUGGCCACCUCUGUAAAAAAGAAUAUCAGUAGUUUGGCGUGUACUCUCAAACUUGAAAAAUUGGCAAUCCUAGUCUCUGAUUUUGAUGCUUGUAAAUCCCUAAUUGCUAACAAGAGCAUUACUCAAUCAUUGAAAUAUCUUGACGUUGGUGUCAUUCGUGAACAUUCUUCAACAGAUAUUGAUAAGAUAGGGUCACAAUUUGAAACAUUCAUUUUCACAGUUGUGGGUGAUGAUGAUGAAGACGAUAACGAACACUAUGCAUUCGAUUUAUUUGGAGAAGAGUAUCUAUGA